GCCACGUCAUCGAAGUUCGAAGCGGAGCAAGCAGAAAUGCGAGCUCAAAUUGCUGAAAUGCGACAGCGGCUAUACAUGCAGGAGGCACAGGUCCCCAUCAAGGACUACGAGAACCUCAUCGAAUGGGACCGACCAGCAGACACCAGCAUCAUCGUGGGCACGGCCGCGGAGAACUUCUCGCUCGACGAAUUCAAGGCCAGCAUCCAGCCCAUCAUCGACAGGUGCGAGUUCGGCGACGCCGAAUGGGAGGCAGUGGGCAGGAGCCCUGCGCGACGAUUCAUCAUCCAGUUCAGUGGCGACGCGAAUGCAUCAGCUUGUCGGGCCCGCACCUUCUACAGCAAGCUCAAGGGCGCCGGCGGCGAGUGGCUCAACACGGUGGUCAACAGCGUACACGGACAGCGCACACGUCUCUUCCUCGGCCUCGACCGCAGUGGCAAGACAGCGAGGCGAGAGUUCCAGACCAAGAAGCCCACCCAGAUCUGCAAGACCCAGCAUGACACGCAGCGCUGGCGAGGCGACCGCCAGCAAGGGAUCAUCUAUUGCAACAACCUGCCCACCCUCUCCAUCUCUGUGGGAGCCACAAGGGAUGGACCGACCAAAUUGCUCUUCAACUACCAGGGCUGCCUCUCGCACGGCAUCAACAGGGAGGAUGUCCGAGGUUCAUGGCUCGGAGUCGGAGCUUGCCCACGCCCUUACCUAGGCCACAAGCCCGCGGCCAUCUUCACCUCCAUCCCUGUGCGGGGCACGGGAGGCGCGGCGAUUGUGCUCCCUGGACUCGCGCAAAAGGAAGUGGCUGAUUCUGACUGCUUCCGUCACUCGGCACCCGUACCUGGCCGCGUACAACGUCUCCAGAUCAAGUCGGACCCCACGGGUGCACCCGAGGGCGCUCAGCCGUCCAUGGCGGUGAUCUGCAACGUUCACAACUUCCAGCUCACGCAGGGCCAGGUCCAGCGCACAGUGGGCACGAUCAGGGCGGAGCUCAGCGCUGCAGAGCAGCAGCCCGAGCGCAUCGCAGCCAUGGUCAUGGGCGGCUUCAACUUCAUAAAUGAGGCCCCGCUGGAGAUGACGGCCCCGCUCGUCAACAAGGGGCUCCCGGGGCCACGCAACGUCCAUCCAGAACAUCAGCUUAUUUGGGAGCAGGCGCUUGGCGACAUGAUCGAGGUGGACCCUGAGCUCCCCGCGCACUACGCUGGGCACUCCCAGCAGCGCACGCGCAUCGACAAGAUCUAUACCAGCUCACCGCCGCGGCUAUUGACACAAUGGUGCGCGAAGAUCGACAUCCCCAUGGCAUCUGACAUGCUGUAUGAUAAGGGCAUAUCGGACCACGCCCCAGUACGCCUACGCCUCUCAGCCCACGCCCGUGAAGAUCGCGAAUCGCAGCCAAUCCCGCAGUACAUCUUCGAACGCCCUCUCUUCAUCAAGUACUGCGACCUGCUGGCCAGCCAUGCCGAGCGCCUGAUCCGCGAGGCGGCGCGGCUUGCCCGCAACGACCUGACGGACAUGCAUGCGCCGUGCUCGGCGGCAGCCCUAACCACUUGCAGGGCGAUCUCGCGGGCGGCAUGGCGAAAUGACUGGCAGAGCGCUCGCGCGAUAAUGGCGCGCGCUGAGCUCGGCGACCAGUCCCUGGACAUCUCCGGCCCGAACAACAUCACGCUGAUCGAGCCUGGCACGUUUCGCCGCGUCUUCGAGCAGCACCAGACAUCGUCCGAAGACCAGCGCACUGAGGCCCUGCUGCAGGAGGAGUCGGCCGCUGACGCGCCCUUCCAGCAGCGCCGGCGGCUCCGCAAAAUGAGGAAGACGAUCCAGAAGCGUGGCAAGCUCUGGGCCCCAACGGGCAACACCCUCAAGCUCAAGGCUAUCGAGGUGAUGCAUGACCACAGCUCGCGAAGCCGACCGAGCCACCUCAUGCACGUAAAGCGCUACCUCGAGAAGCAUAUCGUCCCGCAUGAAUGCAUGGACAUGGACAUUCCCACUUUGGGUAUGAUGAAGCACCUGAUCAGCAGGCUCAACAACUCGGCGCCUGGGCCUGACGGGAUACCCUACAUGGCAUGGAAGCGGAUCCCCUCGUCGGCGCAGCUCAUGCUCGACGUCACCAUCGAGAUCAUGCAGGGCUACCCUGUCCCACUCACCUUCAAUGGCUCGCUGAUGAUAUUCACCCCUAAGGGGUCGGAGCCCGCUGACGAGCUUGGG